CGUGUUCGAUCACGAUAUUUUGGCUCGCAGUUCAUGGGCCAUGCAAAGGCGGUGGACCUUCUCAGUAAUUUCAAGGAGUGUUUACGUGACCUUGAUUUGAGGAGGAUGGUCUCUUUGUCCAUGGACGGACCCAACGUCAAUUGGCGUUUUCUUGAGAUGCUGCAGACGGAGCAUGCUGAGCAUUUUGGGGGUGCCCAGUUGGUUGUAGUGGGAAGUUGUGGGCUACACACUCUACAUAAUGCUGUCAAAUGUGGAUUCACUGAGUGGCAUAUGGAGAAGUUCUUAAGAGCUCUUCAUACUAUUUUUCACAAUGUGCCAGCAAGAAGGGAGGAUUUUUGCAAUCUUACAAAGUCCAAAACCUUUGCUUUGCCUUUCUGUGGUCACCGCUGGAUCGAGAACCUCCCAGUAGUGCAGAGAGCCAUUGAGAUCUGGCCUGACAUGAAGAAAUAUGUUGAUGCUGUUACAACCAAGAAGCUCCCAAACCCUGGAACGUCUUCUUAUGACACCAUCGAGGUGGCAACCAAAGACCCUCUUAUUUUGGCAAAGCUGCAUUUUUUCAUGGCAGUUUCACGAAGUGUGACACCCUUCUUGACAAAGUAUCAAACGGAUGAACCUGUGCUUCCAUUCUUUGCCAAUGACUUGGCUGAAUUACUGAAGAAUUUGCUGAGGCGAUUCAUCAAGCGAGAGCUACUGACUGAUGUCACACCUCAGCACUUGGUACGGCUUGAUGUCACUGACAAGCAGUCGAGGGUGCAUCCAAAGGCAGUGGACAUCGGCAUUGGUGCAGAGACUGCCAUAAAGGUGAUCUGAUCACCCAGAAGUUCUCAGAGAUGCUGUCCCUGGAGGUCCGAACUGAAGAAUUUCAGUCCUUCCAGCCAUUCAAGAAAAGACUGGAUGUCUUUCUAAGCAACAUCAUCAGUGAGACCUACCCACAACUUUGGUCCUUUAUCCAGAAGCUUCUACUUCUAUCACACGGGCAGGCAACAGUUGAGCGGGGCUUUUCGGUGAACAAAGAAAUUGAAACUGCUAACAUUCACGAAGACACCGUUGUAGCGCAGAGAAUC